AUUAAACCAUGAUUGACAUCGAUAGUGUCAGUCUACCAAUUCUGAUCGGGGGAUUAGUUGGCUUUGUCACUGUGAUGGGAGUAGCAAUAAUCUACGUAGCAAAGAAGGAGCAACAAGGAGAACAGGAAGAAGUUGACGUUGUAAUGGAUGAAGUGACAGAGACGAUUAUUAGCGAGGAACCAGUGAAGAAGAAUAAGCACCAACGAACGAAUGAUCAAUGGAAAGCAAAGGAACCAACAUUCGUUCAUCCAUGGAACGUAUCAGUAUUGAAAGGACAUAAAAAAGAAGUGACAGAUGUUGCAUUUGCUUCAGAUGGCAAAAAGUUUGUAUCAAUUUCCGGAGAUCGUUCGGUUAUUCUCUGGGAUGUUAGAGACUUUGAGAACAAGGAACACAAAUGUAUCAGACAAACGGUUGAAUAUGACACUCCAACUCGUGUAGUAUUUGCUCCGGAUUGUAAGAGUGUUGUAUUUAGUGUGAAAAGAGAAAACAAGAUUUGCGUCUACAAGCUCGUUAAGAAAACCGAAGGAUCAGGAUCCCAUCAUUUUGUGCAUAUUGACAAUUUAGAAUUUGAAAGAGUUCAUCAGGUUGAUAUUCAAAAUAUUGGCAUUGCCGGAAACGCGAAAUACCUGAUGAGUGCAGCACUCGAUAACAAAAUUUGUCUUUACGAUCUACGCGGACAACUUCUACAGUCAAUUGAUGCUAAAGUGAGCAGUCUAUAUGACUGUCGUCUCUCUCCUGAUGGUCGUUUUAUCAUUGUAUCAGGAUUCACACCAGAUGUAUUUGUUUUCGAGCCAAUUUUUACAAGAGAUGGAACAUUCCAGAGUGCCAAGAAAGUGUUCAGUCUCAGUGGUCACCAAUCUGGAGUACUUGCUGCUGCUUUCAACAACUCAUCGACUCGUGCGGUCACAGUCUCCAGAGACGGAAAAUGGCGCAUUUUCGACACCGAUAUUCGCUAUGAGGCUGGGCAAGAUUCCAAAAUUUUGAGAGAGGGAAGCUGGGCUCCUCUGCAUGCCGCCACAAGUGAACACGUGCGAUUAGAAAUGAGCCCAAGUGGUGACUCAUUUGCAGUUUCGUUCAAGACAGAUUUGAAGGUGUUCGCUUCGGAAGACGAAACCAAGGACUAUCCGGAAUUGAAAGACAUCUGCUCGACUACAAUUUCAUCGAUUGCCUAUUCCUCUGACGGAAAAUAUAUUGCAACAUGUGGAGACAAAUAUGUCCGUGUCAUUCGGAAUGUUCCAGAGUGGCACAGCAGAGUGGUUAAACUGAACCGAGAGCUUCCAGAAAUCACACAGGAAGGUGCUCGUCGCCGUAUCAAAGAGCAGAUUGAUGAGGCUCAGGAACUUCUGAAGCAAUUCGAAAAAUAAUUUAUUUUAUUCGUGUAAAGUGCCAAUAAUUCCCUCCUAAAGCGGUGUUAUGUUUAUUUAUUUAUUUCUUCGCAUCAUUUGAUUUUAUAAAUACGUGUACGUAAACUUUAUCUAAUGGCUUUUCCCACGUUCUCUGUUAUAAAUCCCGUGAAAAUU